AUGCCAGGCCUGAACCCUACAAGCCAAGACUACGAACAAUUCAUCGAAAUCACUGGCGCAGAAAGAGACGAAGCAACCCAUUUCCUCGAGAACGGCACUACCCUUCAAGGCGCGAUCGAAGACUUCUUUGCAGCUCGUGAAGCCGGCGUACCGCAAGACCAGGAUCUAGACCUAGACAACGAAGAGGAAGACGAAGCAGCACUCGAAGACGCUCUGAUGGCGGACCAGGACCAAUCCCAGCAGCCACCGGCGGCCCCGUCGGGUAGUGGCGGAGCACGGACGCUCGGUGGGCAGGCAGUGGAUACAACUCUACCGGAGGGAUGGGGAAAGAAGGAGAAGAAGACGGGUAGGGUGGGAGAGUGGAGCUCGGGUGGAGGUCAGGGUGGGCGGCCUAUGCCGGGCGGGUUUGGCGGAGGAGGGGACGAUGACAGUGAGGAUGAGGACGAUGCUCGCCGAGGCGAGAAGAAUUUGUAUACCGGUGGCGAGAAGAGUGGCCUGGCUGUUGAGAACCCCGAUCGAAAGAAGAAGGGUGGUCGAGGGAUAGUGGAGGACAUCUUGAAGCAGGCGUCGAGUCAUGCCCAAGGGCAACCUCAAGGGCAACCCCAAGCGCCCGCCGCCCCAGCCCAGCGAUCCGGCUUCUUUGGCGGUUCCGGUAACACCCUCGGUUCGGAAGAUACCCCUCCCGCCGCCGCCGCUCGCGCCGCUGCCCCCACACCUCAGGUCGCUCCUGUCAGCUCGAGCACCUUUGACUCGCUCCUCGGCGGUCUUAUGGGUCGUCACACCGCCGGCGGAUCCGCCCGGCCCGCUCCUACCGCUGAGGACGAGGACGACGACGAGGAAGAAGAGGUCCAAACUCGCCAGCUCGUCUUCUGGCGAAACGGCUUCUCGAUCGAAGACGGUCCUCUGAUGGAAUAUGACGCGCCCGGGAACCCCGAGCUCCUCCGUGCCAUCCAGUCUGGACGGGCCCCGCCCAGUCUCUUCGGGGUGCGGUACAACCAGCCGCUGCAGGUCGAGGUACAGCAGCGGACGAGCGAGGAGUAUGUCAAGCGGGAGAAGAAGAAGCCGGUGGGUGGGUUCGGAGGCGAGGGGAACCGGCUGGGUAGUGUCGCGCCGGAAGUAGGCGGUGCGGGGGCUGUAAGAGGUGGAAGUGGUGGGGCUGCUCCAGCCGCAGCUGCGCCGGUCAGUCAGGGAGGAAGUACGGGCAACGCGCCCAAGUUCCAGGUGGACGAGACCAAGCCGACGACGAGGUUGCAGCUUAGGCUGGCCGACGGGUCAAAGCUGGUUGCUACGGUCAAUCUCACCCAUACCGUCGAGGACCUCCGGAACUUCAUCAUGGCUGCUUCGCCAGCAUCCAAUGGCCGUGCCUUUAUCCUGCAGACCACUUUCCCAAACAAGGAGCUGUCGAAUCAGAGCGAGACGAUCGAGGCGGCGGGCCUGAAGAAUGCGGUCAUCGUGCAGAGGUUCACCUAG